AUGUUGCAUCUCGAUUCUGAACUUCGCGUUCCAGAAAACUGGGAAACGGCACGCGUUGAUCUCACGCACGAGUAUGUCCCCAUAGCGCGCGAGAGGAUCUUGACGGAGAAGGACACUUACUGUUUCGAAGAAUCCACGAGGUUGCAGGGAGUUCCUUAUUCUUUCGUGAUAGAACACCGAUACGCUCAGGCGAUCGGCACCAGAGAUGCUGUCGACUUUGAAAAUGCAUUGGCAGCAUCGAUUAAGGCCUCGAAAGCUGCUCUCUUCCAGUCGCCGUCCGCCAGGGAAAACUAG